GGGGUCGGCGUGCGUAAAGAGGGAACGGAGGACCGCCUUCCGUAUGAUAAGCAGACACGUUGUCCAAUAAAGAGAGAGAGAUAGUGAGGAAGUCGUUCUCUGGUAGGUGAGGAGGGGGUCUUCGGUAAGGGUGCCUCAGUGGCUCAAACUCGGCAGCAUGAGUUCUCAGAGGGGAAACGUGCAGAGGUCCAGGCCGCAGAAACAUAAAAAUGCGACUGUCUAUAAGAAUGAUAAAUAUGAAACAAGCUCCUGGACUAAGGCGAUAAAUUCCAAGUUGCAUGAUGGAGUUUGCCAGCGCUGCAAGGAUGUACUGGAAUGGAAGGUGAAGUUCAGCAAGUAUAAGUCACUGUCUCAGCCUAAAAAAUGUGUUAAAUGCUUGCAAAAAACAGUGAAGGAUGCCUAUCACAUCAUAUGCAAACCAUGUGCUACUCGGCUUGAUCUUUGUGCCAAAUGUGGGAAAAAUGAAGACAUUGUUGUGCCAAUCGUCGGCGCAUCUACAGCUGGUGAAAAAGCGGAAAGAGACAGCAAUACAGACAGUGACUUGGACUUAAAUAUAGACUUGGAGGUUUCAGAUGAUGAGUUGCCUGAGGGAGGGGACAAAGACAAACGUGAAUCUGUGUGUAGAAAUACAACUGAUGUCAAAAGUUAAUGGAAGUCUUCUGUUACACAGUGUUUUUAACAGCGUUCACAUUCUCUUUCAUCGUCUCAGCAAUAUUGUGUAUAAACUGUUCAGCUGUAUUUACUGGAAUUUGGAGUUGUACUGUAUCACAUGUUCUACAUUUCACAGGCCAAGACCAAAGUCUUCAUGUAGAAAAAAGGCUAUUCUCAUUUAUGAAUACAUUUAUUUAAAGUGUGCCAUGUUUAAGAGCAAUUAUGACACCAGCAUGAGGCCUUACAUCUAUGGUUAUGUAUUUUUUUCUUUGUGUAUUCAGAAUGUUAAGAGAAUACUUUUUAUCUUGCUAAUAAUACAGGAUAUAUUUACUCUGGGACCUACCUUUUUUGUCUUAAACUGCCAAUUCUGUACAGUUCUUGAUAUUCUCUAUUGUCUACAUUAAGCAAACUAGCAGUUAGUGGUGUUACCUGCUGCCUUAUGUCUUGUGCAAUAUGUGUUACUAAAAAUGCGUGUCCUUCAUUUUCAAAUGAAGGCCAAAUGAAACCACAGUUCAUUUGGGUAAUCCUGAUGGUAAUCAUACUGCAUUGUUUGAAACCCUACAAGCCCAGUGUCAUUGUUUUUAAGAAAUAAAAUAUUAAAAGUA